ACGAGUUCCACAUGAUCGGUCUUCAGGACACACCCACUGAUCCCGAACUCCGGCCCAACGUUUGCCAUCAGCCUGGAUUCGGGGCAGGCAAAAACGUGGUUGCCGGGCUACCGAAAUGAUGGGCAUCCGAAGUCCUGCGUCGCGCUCCAGCGGAGGCCGAUCCGCGACCAUGACGACUGGACGAGACCAGGCCACACAAGCCAUGGAUGUUGCAUCGGAUGAUGUGGAUUGUGGGGGCCGCCGGUGGCCGAGGGAUGAAACGGUCCUGGUGGCCAAGGAACAGCAGACUUGGAUAUUAAAUGCAUGUGCCUGGCCCAGCCGAAAGCUCGUAAACCACGGACGAUUUCCAUCUUCUUCUGUUUCCACCGUCGCCGGCGUCCCGUCACAAUGGCAGUAGCAGAUUCAACAGACACGAAACCGAUCCCAGCACCACCCGGCUGGCCGCUGGUGGGAAAUGCCUUUGACUUCGACACGGAGCUUCCGCUGCGGACCUUCCAAAACUUUGCCGAGCAAUAUGGAGAGAUAUACCGCAUGCACCUCCCUUCCGGGUCCCCGAUGGUCGUUAGCUCGCAUGCGCUCGUCCACGAACUCUGCGACGAGAAGCGGUUCCGCAAGCCCGUGGCGGGGGCACUGGCCGAGAUCCGCAACGGCGUGCACGAUGGCCUGUUCACGGCCCGCGAGGAGGAGGCCAACUGGGGGAUCGCCCACCGCAUUCUGAUGCCCGCCUUCGGCCCGGCUUCAAUCCAGGGCAUGUUCACAGAGAUGCACGAGAUUGCGUCGCAGCUGGCCCUCAAGUGGGCGCGACACGGCGAGGACACGCCCAUCAUGGUGACGGACGACUUUACUCGGUUGACGCUGGACACGCUGGCGCUGUGCACCAUGAACUUCCGCUUCAACUCGUACUACCACGACGAGCUGCACCCCUUCAUCGCCGCCAUGGGCGACUUCCUCACCGAAUCCGGGGCGCGGGCCACGCGGCCGAGUGUCAUGUCCGUCCUGUACCAGCAAGCGAACCGCAAGUAUUGGGAGGACAUCGAGGUGCUGCGGCGGACGGCGCAGAGCGUGCUCGACACUCGCAGGAAGCACCCGACCGGCCGCAAGGAUCUGGUGUCUGCCAUGUUGGAGGGCGUGGACCCCAAGACGGGCCAGAAGCUGAGCGACUCAUCCAUCAUCGACAACCUCAUCACCUUCCUUAUCGCCGGCCACGAGACGACGUCGGGCCUGUUGAGCUUUGCGUUUUACCUGCUUAUCAAGCACCCGGAGGCAUACCGCAAGGCCCAGGACGAGGUGGACAGCGUGAUUGGCAAGGGGCCGAUCAAGGUAGAACACAUGAACAAGCUCCCGUACAUUGCCGCCGUCCUCCGCGAGACGCUGCGGCUCUGCCCGACAAUCCCGGUCAUCGCGCGGCAGGCCAGGGAGGACACGGUCAUCGGCGACGGCAAGUACUUGAUCAAAAAGGACGAGCGGCUCGUCCUCCUCCUCGCACAGUCCCACCUAGACCCCAAGGUCUACGGCGAGACGGCCAAGGACUUUGUGCCGGAGCGCAUGCUGGACGACAGUUUCGAGCGCCUGACCAAGGAGUUCCCCGACUGCUGGAAGCCGUUUGGGACGGGCAUGCGCGCGUGCAUCGGCCGGCCAUUCGCGUGGCAGGAGGCGGUGCUCGUCAUGGCCAUGCUGCUGCAGAAUUUUGACUUUAGCCUCGACGACCCGACCUACGAGCUGCAGUACAAGCAGACGCUGACGACCAAGCCCAAGAACUUUCACAUGCGGGCCAGUCUGCGGGAUGGGCUGACGGCGACAGAGCUGGAGCACCGUCUCGCCGGGGGCGGCCUCCAGUCGACAGGCAAUAAUAAUUCUUCCAAAGCAAAAGCCAACGGUAUCACCUCGUCGUCGGCCGAAGCCAGGCCCAUGAGCAUCUUUUACGGCUCCAACACGGGCACAUGCGAGAGCCUGGCCCAGCGUCUGGCGACCAACGCGGCGUCCCACGGAUUCAAGGCGACCGUUGUCGAGCCCAUGGAUGCGGCAACGGGCAAUCUGCCGACGGACCGGCCCGUGGUCAUCAUCACGGCGUCCUUCGAAGGGCAGCCGCCCGACAACGCGGCACGGUUCUGCAGUUGGCUCCUCGAGCAGCAGCGUUUGUCUGCUCAUAUAAACGAGCUGAGCGGCGUGGCCUACGCCGUCUUUGGCUGCGGCCACCACGACUGGAGCCAAACCCUCCACCGCGUCCCCAGGCGGGUCGACGGCGCCAUGAGUGAGCGUGGGGCCACGCGCCUCUGCGACAUGGGCUUGACGGAUGUGGCUGACGGGGACAUGUUUACCGACUUUGAGCAGUGGGAGGACGACGUGUUCUGGCCUGCCGUCGAGGCCAGGUAUGGGACUCAGAAGACGACGGCGGCAAGUGGAGGGAGAAACGAUGACUUGGCUCCUUCUUCGGACAACAGCCUGGAUGUGCAGUUCUCGAGUCCGCGGUCGUCGACCCUCCGGCAGGAUGUCAAGGAGGCCACGGUCGUGGACGAGAGAGUGCUCACCGCAGCCGGGGCCCCUCCCAAAAAGCACAUGGAGAUCCAGCUGCCAGACGGCAUGGUAUACAAGGUGGGAGACUACCUAGCCGUGCUCCCGGUCAACUCCAAAGCAAGCAUUACUCGGGUCAUGCGGCAGUUCCGGCUGUCGUGGGACGCUCACAUCGCCAUUGCCUCCGACAGGUGGACUGCCCUGCCGACCGGCACUCCGGUUCCCGUGUGGGAUGUCCUUGGAUCGUACGUCGAGCUGUCGCAGCCAGCUACCAAGAGGGGCAUCCUUCGACUCGCCGACGCCGCCGAGGACGAGCCCACCAAGCAGCACCUCCGCAAGCUCGCAGGAAACUCCUACUCGACCGAAAUCAGCCUCAAACGAACCUCGAUUCUCGACCUCCUCGAGCAGUUCCCCUCGGUCUCCCUCCCCUUCGGCGCCUUCCUCUCCCUCCUCCCGCCGCUCCGCCCGCGCCAAUACUCCAUCUCGUCCUCCCCGCUCACGACGCCCACGCGCGCCACACUGACCUACUCCCUCGUCUCGGCGCCCUCCCUGUCCAACCCGGCUAAACACACCCACGAGGGCGUCGCCACCUCGUACCUCGCCUCCUUGUCGGCGGGUGAUAAACUGCUAGUGUCGGUCCGCCCGACACACACCGCGUUUCGAUUACCAGAUGAUUCUGAAACCACGCCCCUGGUGUGUAUCGCAGCGGGGUCGGGGCUGGCGCCGUUUAGGGGGUUUGUACAGGAACGUGCGGCAUUGAUUUCUCAGUCUCAGGGUCAGUCUCAAGGCCAAGACCAGAACAAGAAUAGGAAACUUGCGCCGGCACUGUUAUUCUUUGGAUGUCGCGGACCGCAAGUGGAUGAUUUGUAUCGGGAGGAAUUCGACGAAUGGCAAAAUAUCGGGGCGGUGGAUGUGCGGAGGGCGUUUAGUCGGCAGACUGACGACAACGACGAAGCGCAGGGCUGCAGACAUGCGCAGGACAGGGUGUGGCGCGAUCGGGAAGAGGUGAAAGCGUUGUGGGAGCGCGGGGCGAGGGUGUAUGUGUGCGGAUCGAGGGCUUUUGGGGACGAUGUGAAGCGGGUUGUGGGCAAGGUCGUGCUGGGUGAGGGGGCGAACGAGGAGGAGAUUGCGGAGUGGUAUGAGGGGGUCAGGAAUGAGCGAUAUGCGACGGAUGUGUUUGAUUAAGCCGAAGGUAGGGGACUGGAUACCACAGAGCGGGUAUUUCUUUGGUUAUAUAGGGGGGUGUUUUAUGUUUUGAUCUAACUUACCCAGCUCUUGUAUAGCAUCCCGAGUUCAAUUUCAGCAUGGCGUUAUAUAGCUCUUGGAUCAAAAAGUUGGAUACAUUUUUUUUUUCAGCCACUAGACACUUCCUUCCUAGGGGUAGUGGCU